CUCGUACAGCUGGACGAGGCCGGUGCCGCGGGCGGCGCUGCCCAGGCACAGCAGGCGGGCGCUGCGGGGCACCCACUUGCAGUCGAACACGGUGUAGCUCAGCGCCUGCUGGGCGUGCGACACCACCUGCGGCCGCUCCAGCGCCGGCGCCGCCGACAUCCCGCCCCGCCGCGGCCGCUCCCCGGCGGAUGCGGGGGCAGCGCCCGCCGGCCCCUUCCGGCGGCGGCGGCACCACGUGGUGGGACCGCGGGCGGACAUGGAGACCGAGGCGGCGGCCCCGGCAGGCGGCUUCACCAGCGUCGUGUCCCGGCGGAGGCGGAGGAAGCGGCGGGCGGGCGGCGAGGAGCCGGCGGGGGCUCCCGUGGACGCGGCGGGGGCUCCCAUGGACACGGCGGGGCCGCGGCCCAGCAAGCGGCCCGCCUUCCCUCCUGUGCCCGCCGAGGCGCUCGGGGUCGGGAAGGGCGAGCUGAGGAAGAUCCCCGUGCCCGCCAACAGGUACACGCCGCUCAAGGAGAACUGGAUGAAGAUAUUCACGCCCAUCGUGGAGCAUCUGCAGCUUCAGAUCAGGUUCAACCUGAAAACGAGGAACGUCGAGAUCAGGACUUGUCAAGAGACAAAGGAUCUCAGUGCCCUGACAAAAGCAGCUGAUUUUGUGAAAGCAUUUAUACUUGGGUUUCAAGUAGAGGACGCUCUUGCUCUCAUCAGAUUAGAUGAUCUUUUUCUAGAGUCAUUUGAAGUUACAGAUGUCAAACCUUUGAAAGGAGAUCAUCUGUCAAGAGCAAUAGGGAGAAUAGCAGGGAAAGGUGGAAAAACUAAAUUCACCAUAGAAAACGUAACCAGGACACGCAUCGUUCUCGCUGACCAAAAAAUUCAUAUUUUGGGAUCUUUUCAGAACAUUAAAAUGGCACGAACAGCAAUCUGCAAUCUAAUUUUAGGAAGUCCUCCUUCCAAGGUUUAUGGCAAUAUUAGGGCAGUGGCCAGCAGAGCAGCCGAGAGGUUCUGAGCUGCACUACUAAGGACUGGGGCUGGGAGUCCAGGUUCCUGGACACACAGGAGUUCUGCUUCCAGGGCACAUGAGAGGCCUGGAGCUACAGAAGCCACAGCUCUUCUGCUGGAUUUGGAAGCCCAGAAGAAAAAUGGGACUGUUUUUGCAGUCUGACUGCCUUCAGACAUGUGGUGUGAUUUGAACAUACACAAUGUCUCUGUAUAAUUAUUAAAAGGUAUUUUAAGUUGGUUGUGUCCAUAUCAAAA